AUGGGCGACUGGAGCUUCCUGGGGAACCUUCUAGAGGAGGUGAACGAGCACUCGACGGUGGUGGGCCGGGUGUGGCUCAGUGUGCUCUUCGUCUUCCGCAUCCUCAUCCUGGGCACAGCAGCUGAGCUGGUAUGGGGUGACGAGCAGGCCGACUUCGUGUGCAACACGCAGCAGCCGGGCUGCGAGAAUGUGUGCUACGAUGCCGCCUUCCCCAUCUCCCAUGUGCGCCUGUGGGUCCUGCAGAUCAUCUUCGUGUCGGCGCCGUCGCUGGUGCUAGUGGGUCACGCACUGCACCUGCUCCGCGCCCAGCAGAAGCGCGAGGGCCAGAGCAGCAGAGGAGCCCCGAGGCUGCGGCUGGAGGGGACCCUGCUGAGGACCUACGUCUGCCACGUCAUCUUCAAGACCCUCUUCGAGGUGGCCUUCAUGGUGGGCCACUACCUGCUCUAUGGCUUCCGCGUCCUGGCCCUCUAUCGCUGCAACCAGUGGCCCUGUCCCAACGUGGUGGACUGCUUUGUGUCCCGGCCCACGGAGAAAACCAUCUUCGUCCUCUUCAUGCUGUCAGUGGCUUCCGUGUCCCUCCUCCUCAAUGUCACAGAGCUGGGCCAUCUGGCCCUGAAGAGAGUCCGGGGAGCCUUCAAGAGGCCAGUGCCGCAGUCCCCAGGGACCGCUUCUGAGAAGUCUCUGCACUCCGUGGCCAUCUCCUCUGUCCAGAAAGCCAAGGGUUACCGGUUCCUGGAGGAGGAGAAAAUCGUGUCCCACUACUUUCCCCUGAGCGAGGUGGGGACAGCGGAGACCAGUCCACUUUCACCCGCACCUUGUACUCAGUUGGAGGCCAAGGUGGGCCCAGAUGCCCUUGGGGACCUGUCCCAGGCUUGCCAGGAGACACUGCCUUUGCAGGAGGACAGGGAAAAGCAGGCAGAGCCCCGGGGAGCCGGGAGAGCAGAGGAGGGGCCUGGGGAAGGGCCAGAGGUGGGGGAGGUGGAGAGCCCUGAGGCGGGGACGGAAAGUGAGGAUGAAGAGCUGCAGGCGAAGAAGCCACCACCUCCGCUGAGUUCCGAGUUGAGACAGGAGGUCCCCAGGGACCUGAGCAGGCCUAGCCCCACCAGCAGGGCCAGACCGGAUGACCUCACCGUGUAA